UGUUGAACAUUUGUAUACAAAAAAUAUAUUUGACAAGUGGUUAAAUGUCAAAACUGAUGAAAAAAACUGAAGUGACAACUACAUUUCAAUUUCGUUUUAGAAUAUUUUCAGCUAAAUCGAUAAGAAAUAUUGAAAUUUCAAACAUGGGAAAAUCACGACGUCAUCGUACACCUGAGCGAAAAUCAUCUAAGUAUCGCAAUCGUUCAGACAGUUCAUCCAAUUCGUCGUCAUCAAGCCGAUGCAAAUCUUCGUUGAAAUAUAAAACUAAACGACAAAAGAGACGUGAUUCUCGGUCACGAUCGCCAUCGAUACAUCGCAGUCGCCAACGAAGACGAGCAACUAGUUCUUCGGAUUCAUCGAGCAGUAUUUCUAUGGAAUCGAGAAAGCCAUCGUCAUUGUAUGUUGAUAGAAUCCGUGCAAUUCGGACACCGACACCACCAAAACUGAACUUUGAGGCCAGUAUGCAAUUUUUGGAUAAGCGUCAAAUUACAGAUGCUCUGAGUGAAAUUAAUGCCAAUGAAUUUCGUCCAAAAACAUUUUCAUCAGUGAACAACACAAAUGUUAAACAAGAAAUGAUAGAUCUUAUUAUUAAAGGCGAAGCAAAAAUCCAAAAAAUUGAUGCAGGCGAUGAUCCCUUGUUUCAUCAAAAUGUUUUCGGAGACGAUGACAAUCGAAUGGAAAAGUGGGUGCAUAGAUUCAACAACUAUCGACAGAAAAGAUUUGCUUCGAUUAAUUAAUAUUUAAUCAUUUGAAUAAUCUGGACUAUUUCAUAUUUAAUAAAUGGAUAAAGAAAAUUCAA